AUGGACUAUCUCGUUCGUUUCGCUCAGACCCAUGAGACUUUCAGGGUCCCGGAACUAGAAGCCUGUGCAACCAUCGCGGGUGCCGAGAUUGAGAUCCUUUCUUACAACAAAUUUUCUCCACACUGUGUCGUGAGAUUCCCCGACGCAGCAGCAGCCUGUGCAACUAUCAAGCGCACCAUCCUAGCCAAGGAUGUCUUUGAACUAUGGGGAGAAGGCACAACCUAUGAAGAACUCCAUGAAGAUGUCCGUCGACGCUCCCAGCACCUCUGGAAAGACUACGGUGACGCCUCAUGGAGGUUCGUCUUCAACUGCUUCUCCGGAACACGCAGUGUAGAGAAGAGAAAAGAGAUCAUGCAAUCAUUCCAAUACAUGGGAUUCACCGGGCCAAUUCAAAUGAAGAACCCGGACCAAGAAUACUACGUGAUGGAAGAGUACAUCGAUGAUGUCGAAGCCUCAUCAAACGGCGCAGCGAGAACAGAAGAGCCACGGAAAAUCUUCCUUGGCCGCAGACUCGGCUCAAGCUGUCGCGAGGAUAUGAUCACAUACGACCUUAAGAAGCGCCGAUAUAUCAGCACGACGUCCAUGGACGCAGAAUUGAGUCUGGUGACGGCGAACAUGGCACUCGCAGCGCCGGGAAAAUUGUUCUUCGACCCCUUCGUCGGCACUGGAAGUUUCAUAGUUUGCGCAGCGCACUUCGGAGCUCUGACGAUGGGUGCAGAUAUUGAUGGGCGCAGCUUCCGUGGCAAAGAUCGCUCAAAAUUGGGCGUGUUUGAGAACUUCACCCAGUAUGGAACGGAGAGCAAGUUUAUCGAUACGCUCACAUCGGAUCUCACGAACACUCCGUUCCGAAGGACUGGGUUCCUCGAUGGAAUUGUCUGUGAUCCACCUUACGGUGUGCGCGAAGGACUCCGGGUCUUAGGAGAGCGCAAGGGGAAACCCGCUGUGAAUGUCAUCAUUGAUGGUAUCCCGGCCUACCUCCGACCUGGGUUCGUCCCUCCUAAGAAGCCGUACGGUUUUGAGGCUCUGCAGAAUGACGUCCUCAACUUCGCGGUCCGGUCUUUAGUUGUCAAUGGUCGUCUAUCGAUGUGGAUGCCUAUUACCAACGACGAGAAAGUCGAGUUCCCAGUCCCCAUGCACGAGAACUUGGAGGUUGUCAGUGUUAGUAUUCAGGACUUUGGAAAUUGGGCUCGUCGAUUGAUCACUUACCGUCGUCUCCCCGAGGGAGAGCUUUCUGAUGUGUCAAUGGCUCGAAAGAAAGCCGAUGACGAGGGCUAUAGCGCCGAUGACCUGAAUGCCUUCCGACGAGUGCACAUGCUUCGAGGACACGGCACUCGGGUUGUAGAAGACUUCAAAGCGUCAAAAUAA